ACACGUGACAGAGUCUUUCAUCAAGAGAUCCAUUAUCUAGCAGGCGUCUGUCUGUCUCACAGCAUCACCUAUUCAUUACUGAAGAAAGGCACAAGAUGUCCCACCAGACAGUUGGGGUGAUUCUAAUCUACCUGCAAAUGACUGUCUCGGAAAAAGAGAUACAAAUCCUGCAAAGCCCAGCCCAGGUAUGGCUGAAAUCUGGGGACACUGCACAGCUGCACUGUAAAACAUUAGAAGAUGAAGUGAGUGUAAUGUGGUACAAGGAACAGAGUGGAAGUUUCCAGUGGAUUUACCGGAGUUCUGAGUUUGCAUCGUCAGAUGGAAAAUACUCAAGUGAAGUGAACACUGAGGCAAACACGUUUUCUCUAAUUAUCCGUAACGUACAAAGAGAUGACUCCGGGGUUUAUUACUGUGGCCUCGUUUCCUUUAUGUAUCUACAACCCAACUUCGGAAAUGGGACCAGACUAAUUGUCACAGAUGCCUCCCAGCCAAGACUUUCCAUUCUGGUGCCCUCAGCCCCGGAGGAUGCUGAGCUCUCCCCUGUCAUUCCUCUGCUUUGCCUGCUCUCUGAUUUCAUUCCUCCCUGGAGUGCUGUUCUCUGGGACACUGGGGAGCAGGUGUCUGAGGGUCAGAUGGAUGCUGGAGCCAUAGACGGGAACGGGGUCUUUAGUGUUUGGAGCCUAACGACAAUCCCUUCUGAGACGUGGAACCAGGAGACGAUCUGCACUUGUACGGCCAAGGAGAGCAGCACGGAGAGAAGCAUCAAUGCUACAGUCUCCAUGGAAACAGAGAGACAAGACGCUGGAGACUGUAGGAUUGUGUUCUACGCUGGGCUGCCCUGUAUUUUCAUCCUUCUCCUCAUCCAGCUGUUGAUCUUGCUUUGGAGGAAGUGCCCCAUCAUAGGGAGAGCUGUGCAAAGAGGGAAUCCAAUACCUAUGAGGCAGAUCCCACAGGUACACAGCUUUUUUUUUUUUUUUUUUAGCUUUUGGCACAUCAGAAAGGUACAGUAUUAACAACAGGUGGCUAGAGACAGCGUCCUGGCCAAUUUCCUACCCUAGUAUCUACACAUUGCCUCCUGAAGUCUUAUUUGAAUUUAUUCCUCUCUGCCCUGCUAGUGGAAGUGUUGUGUAGGUUUAUUGGAAAGGAACAACUGCUGGAAAGGAACAACUUAUUAUUUCUUUCUCUUUAUUUAUUGUUCCUUUCUUAUUAUUGGAAAGGAACAACUCACCCACCCUGUCUGGCUAUGGCAUUCUGGAAGGACAGUUAAUUAAAUGCAUGAGAUGGUAGAGUCUCAUUAGGCAUAUUACCGUACGGGCGGCAGCGUGGACUAGCAGAGGAUACUGGACUGGGAGUCAGGAUUUUUUUUUUCCUGGUCCAGCCACUGACCUGCUGGGCAACCUUUAGCUCAUGGUGCUUCUGUCUCCCCUCCCCCACUUUGUGACCUUGUGUAUCUUGACAAUAAACCCUUCGGGGUAGGGACUGUCUCUUUGCAUGUGUGCGGAAAGCCCAGCACAACAGGUCCUCGGUCUCCACUGGGGCUUCUAAGUGCUGCUCUAAUACAAAGAAUUAAUAAUUAUAUUGGCUUUUCCCUUG